CACGGUCACGUGACGGGCCGGGCCGCCUCUGCCGCCGCCGCCGCUUUGUAAGAGGCACAUUGGCAGGUAACGAGCGGCGGCGGCGGCGGCGGGUCCCGAGUCCAGCGAGAACAGCAGCGAUUUUCUAUUUUGCACACGCGUUCUUUUGUAUAUACUGUAUAUGAUGACUUCGCUGAGCAGCGACCGUUCCCGAGGUGCUCGAGAAAAAACUCAGAUCUCAGCUACACAGUCAGCACAGCUACAGAAGCAAGUAAUACAGGCAACAGCUGAACAGAUGCGUCUCGCUCAAGUGAUCUUUGAUAAAAAUGACUCGGAAUUUGAAGCUAAAGUUAAGCAGCUUAUGGAAGUAACAGGAAAAAACCAGGAUGAAUGCAUAGUGGCCCUCCACGAUUGUAAUGGAGAUGUGAACAAAGCUAUCAAUAUAUUGCUGGAAGGAAGUUCAGACACAACUUCAUGGGAGACUGUCGGGGGGAAGAAGAAGAAUUUUGGAAAAGAAGGUUCAGAAAACAAAGAGAAUCGAGAGAAGAGGAACGAGAGGGAAGGGAGCCGCGGGCGUGGCGGGAACCGGAAAGGAAGAGGCGGCAGCCGUGCCCCCCGAGAGUUUAGAGGCGAAGAGAAUGGAAUUGAUUGCAGUCAAGGGGACAAACCUUCAGACCGUGGCAAGCGAGCUCGUGGGAGAGGAUUUGGACGUGGCCGAGGGAGAGGAGGAAGAUUCUCGACCCAAGGCAUGGGGACCUUUAAUCCUGCAGACUAUUCAGAUUCUCCCUCUGCGGAUGGCUGUGUGGCGAAACCUGUAGUGAGAGAAGCCGCUCAGAAUGGGGCAGUUGAGGGAACUGAACUGACAUCGGAUGCUCAAAAUAUAACUCAGGAUCUGCCAAGCAAAAAUUCAUAUGGACUCAAAGGGGCCUGGAAAAGUCCUGUGGAAGAAUGGACGACAGAAGACUGGACGGAAGAUCUUUCUGAAACAAAGGUCUUCACUGCUUCAUCUGUUCCAGCGGAGAAUCAUGUCACACCUGGGCAAAGCAUUGAUCUAGUAGCCUUGCUCCAGAAGCCUGUUCCUCACAGUCAAGCUUCCGAAGUCAACUCCUUUGAAACAUCCCAACAAAAGGGCUUUGGCCAAGCCCUUGUCUUCACAAACUCUCAGCACAGCAGUCAGAUGGCACCAGGGACUGGCAGCUCCACCGCUGUCAACUCCUAUCCUUCUCAGAGUCUGUCGUCCGUCCUCGGUUCAGGAUUUGGAGAGCUCACGCCUUCGGAAAUGGCCAAAAUCACCAACUCCCAGAUUCUGGACCAGUUGAAAGCUCCGAGUUUGGGCCAGUUUACCACCACCCCCAAUUCACCACAGAACAGUUCAAGCCCCGCCACGACCACUUCUUCUUGGGACCUCAAAGCCUCCGCCUCCCAGUCUUCAGUCCUGAAUCAUUUUGACUUCAAGUCUCAGCCUGAGCCGUCCCCCGUUCUCAGCCAGCUGAGCCAGCGGCAGCAGCACCCGACACCAGCGGUCACUGGCCCUCCUCCUGGGCUGGAGUCCUUCCCGCCCCAGGCGAAGCUCCGAGAGGCGGCCCCCCACGACAGGCCCUCCACUGUGAACAAGAUCCUGCGGCUCCCCGCCAUGGCCGUGGGCAACAUGGCUGUCUCCCCCCACCCACCGCCGCCCAAGCACAUCAAGCUCCCGAAGCGGCGGCUGCCUCCCACCUCGAAGAUCCCGGCUUCUGCUGUCGAAAUGCCUGGCUCAGCAGAUGUCACUGGGUUAAAUGUACAGUUUGGUGCCCUGGAAUUUGGAUCAGAAACUUCUCUCGCUGAAUUUGGAUCAGCAGCCAGUAGUGAAAACAGUAGCCAGAUUCCCAUCAGCUUGUAUUCAAAGUCUUUAAGUGAUUCUUUGAACACCUCGACACCAAUGACCAGCGCAGUGCAGAGCUCCACCUGCACGACCCCCGUCAUCACCCCAUCCAGUGUGGCCGGCAGCUCCGCCAACGCCUCCUCCACCUACAGCCCGAGCCCUGUGCCCAGCAGGGUCCCGUGCCAAAGCGCCAUGAGUCCAGCCGAGGCCGUGUCGGGGGCCGUCACGAAUGGACAUGUUGGUAGUCGAAGUCAGCCAACACUAGACACAGCUUCGUCCGUUCCAGCCCCCAAGGUGACGGAGCCUCCCUCCGCCCUGGCCUCCGUGGGCUCCCUGCCCAGCACCACCUCCUGCAGUUCCCUCCUGCCCUCCGCAGCCCCGCACACGGCCACUUUGCCCUCCCUGUCCCAGCCGGGCGACCUGUCCAGCGGCCCCCUCUCCCAGCUCAGCAGCCACCAGAGCAGCCUCUCGUCCAGCACGGCGCACACUCACGCCAGCGUGGAGAGCGCCUCCGCCCUGCAGCCCACCGCCACCUUCUCCACGGCUGCCACCUCUGCCUCAAGCGCCACCUCCGCGGGGCUCAGCCUGCCCAGCAGCGUCAGCGCCAACAGCAUCUGCCUGGGGGGGCCCCCCGGGGGGGCCCCAAGCAGCAGUGCCAGGGCCACGCCCCUGGUGACCUCAGGCAAAGCGCCCCCCAACUUGCCUCAGGGGGUGCCACCACUGCUGCAUAACCAGUACCUGGUGGGUCCUGGAGGGCUGCUCCCUGCCUAUCCGAUCUACGGCUAUGACGAGCUCCAGAUGCUGCAGUCCCGGCUGCCAGUGGAUUAUUAUGGGAUCCCCUUUGCGACACCUGCGGCCCUUGCCAGCCGAGACGGGAGCCUUGCUAAUAACCCUUAUUCAGGUGAUGUCGCCAAGUUUGGCCGAGGCGAUUCUGCGUCCCCCGCGCCCCCCACCACCCUGGCCCAGCCUCAGCAGAGCCCCUCCCAGGCCCACCACACGGCCCAGCAGCCCUUCCUGAGCCCCGCGCUGCCGCCUGGCUACAGCUAUGCGGGCCUCCCCUACUACAGCGGUGUGCCCAGCGCCUUCCAGUACGGGCCUACCGUGUUCGUCCCUCCGGCCUCGGCCAAGCAGCCUGGUGUGAACCUCGGCACUGCCGCCACCCCCUUCCAGCAGGCCGGCAGCUAUGGCCAGCACAGCUACACCACAGGCUAUGACGACCUGACCCAGGGGACAGCAGCCGGAGAUUACACCAAGGGCGGCUACGGGGGCUCGUCGCAGCCACAGAACAAGUCUGCGGGCUCCGGGCCGGGCAAAGGUGGGUCCGUGUCUUCAAGCACCUCUGGCCUGCCAGAUAUGGCUGGUUCCGUGUACAGUAAGACUCAGACUUUCGACAAACAGGGCUUUCACGCAGGGACCCCUCCACCGUUCAGCCUACCCUCCGCUCUGGGCUCUCCAGGGCCCCUGGCUCCCGGCGCCGCCCCGGGCUACGCCCCACCACCGUUCUUGCACAUCCUGCCCGCACACCAGCAGCCCCACUCACAGCUGUUACACCAUCACCUGCCACAGGAUGCCCAGAGUGGAACCCCUCAGCGCAGCCAGCCCAGCUCCCUGCAGCCAAAGUCGCAAGCCUCUAAGCCCGCCUACGGCAACUCUCCAUACUGGACAAACUGAACCCGAAGAGUGGGGUGGGCUAGGGCGAGCCCACCCUGGGCAGGAGAAAACACUUGGAGCCCUUUUCUGGGAGCCCAGCCCCCCCUCCUAGAUUCCUGAGACAUGUAACUGUGUCAGCCGAGCCUCUGUGGAGAGCCUGCCUCCCAGACUCGCUCUUGUAUGUAAUGUAUUUAUGUAUGUAUUUGUAAAUGUGAUAGAGGUCUCGGGGGAGUGGGAACGCGGCCGCCACUCUGGCGUCUGCUGUCCCCACUUGGGCCCCUUGCGCUGUAGCAGAAUCAGCCCCUUCCCUCCCGCCUUCGGCCUUCCACAGAGCCCUGUGCCCGCAGGCUGCCCGGGCAGAGUCUGGAAGGACUGGUCAGGGGAGUGGGGGGUGGGGGCCAGGUACCAAUGAAGAAUCACGACUUAUCUCACCUUCCUUGUAACCAUUAUUUGCGUUUUCCUCCCUGUGUAAUUCCUUUAUCCCUCUCUUUUGGAGAAACUGGUCCUUUUGUCAUUUGGUGUUUCUCUCCCACCGAAUCUUGAUCUGGGAAUAGCAGAGAUCUCUGUCCCAACACAACCGGCACCUGUUUGUCUUCAUAGGUAGCAGGGACUUCCACACCUGGUCUUGUCCCGAGACUUGCCUUCCUCUGGUUGACCAUUUUAAAAAUAAUCUGAACUCGUGCUCAGAGAGGUCCAGCCAGUCCAGCUUUUUUAAAAAAAGGAAAAAAAAAAUCAAAGCUCUGCUUUCACUCAGUGAGGGCACAUCUCCAAGGCUCCUCUAUUCCACUGUCCUGACGCAGCUGGGCGACUGUUUCAGGAGUUUUCUCAUUUGCCCAGACUCCACCUAAUAAAGUUCUGAGAGCA